CAGACUUUCUGGCAGCACUUUGGCAUACAUCUGAAGAUUUUGGGCUUUGAUAUGGCAGACCAAAACUUUUGGCUUCAAUGUGGCAUGAUUAUGGGCAGCCAUAACAGAUAAGAAAGCGCCAGUAGUGUAUGGCUGAAUUAUGGCAUAUAUCUGGUCAACCGUAGCGUUAGAUCAAGAGCGGGGACAGCAUCUGAUGACGCAUACAGGCUGUUUGGCAUGUUUAUGGACAGCCAGAAGAUGGGCGAAGAGCGGGACAGAGUCUACCCGUAUGUGGGUGAGUUCUGGCAUGUUUCUGGCUAACCAAAAGACUCAGCAAAAGACCGGGAAUUUUCCAUGGAAUUUUCAAACUUUCUACUCGAACAAGACCCAGCCGCCCAGUUCGACCAGCGAGCAAUCACAGUUGAGGAAACUAUGUAUCACAUUGUCAGCUUUGAUGAUUUUGAUGAGGUUGAGGUGGUGCCAGCGACCUGGGUCAAUGGGGGAGUCUGUCGGUGGCCCCCUUAUAAAGGAGAAGGGUUGCAGAGGGCCAUAAAGAACUUUCAGGAGCCAGACAACACCUGGGCCCUGUAUAAUGUCUGUGUGCUAUACACAGAUAAUUAUCACGAGGCGAGGAAAAGGUUGCCACUCGCAGAGCAACAGACUGAUCUUCAGUCAGAGGCAGAGAUUGAUGCUGGACGACCCCAAAAAAGAAAAAUCAAGCGGAAUCGGCACUUCGAUGUAUAUGAGAGUGACGAUGAAGAGGUGGCACCCAAGAGGAGCAUGCUACCAAAGCCCCCUCAGAUACCAUCACCAUCACGUUUCCGGCGAUACAUUAUCAGCCCACAAUCAGACCAAGUGGGGUUCUCGGAGAUUGGAAACAACGAGAUCUCAAAUAACCAUCAUGUAACAACCCUUGGGUCAACAUUGCACCAGGCCAUUGAUGCAGUUAAUUUAACUGAGGUAGCCAAUGGUGAAGUUGACACAGGGCCAGCUUUAAACCAGGGCCAGAUUAGGGAGGUUCAAGCAGCUCCAGAGGCCCCAAGACAACGCCUGAAAAAUUCAUCUGUCUGUGGACAAUUAUGUGGAUCUUUGCUGCAUGACAUGCUGGUGAAGCAGGAAAUAAUAAUAGAGCAGCAGAAAAAUAUAGUGAGAAUGGUGCAGGACCUACAUGCUGCCUUUGCCUCUGCUACCGACGGCUCCAAUGUUACACAGGGGACAGUGUACACUAGGCACAGUGCUUAUUUUCCAUUAAAGGGCCCAGAUGAUUUAAUGGUUCUGGAAAGAGACCUUCAGUCUGUUCUGGAACUGAAGAAGGAUUUAACUCUUUUGCUUGGACUAGCAGGGGGUGCCACCUUAAGAGAAACUGUUUGGAGGGUUUUACAAAGGGAACCAAUGAAUUUUCUCAGAAGGUCACCUGGAGGGGGUUGAGUGGAAAGGUGGCCUUUGAAAAACAACUUCUGAAAACCAUAGUAAUAGAUGCAGUUAGGAGAAACCCUGUGUGCUCUGUUGCUACUGAGGCUGAAAUUGAAACUACUAUUAAAAAGUGGUUUUACUGGGCUGGGGAUAGAAAUGGAGGCAGGAAGAGGCGCCUUCACUCACCCAGCAACCCAGACACCCAGACACAAGGCACCCA